AUGUUCAAGUUCGUAGUCCUUGCAAUCGCUGUCACGGCAGUCCACUGUCAGUACGGUGGCUACCAAAAGCAGGAAGCCCCCGAGUACAAGGAGGAGGAAUAUUACGAUACUCCCAAAUACAGCUUCGAGUACUCCGUCCACGACCCCCACACCGGAGAUAUCAAGAGCCAGAAGGAGCAGAGGGAGGGAGAACACACCCAGGGAGAGUACAAGCUCGUCGAACCCGACGGUUCUGUCAGGGAGAUUCACUACUCCGUCGAAGGUAAGUCCGGUUUCUUAGCCGAAGUACAGAAGCAGGCUGGCAAAGGACCCGAACCAUCUUACUACAAACCACAACCAAGCUACCAGAAGGCCGAACCAAGCUAUUACAAACCACAACCAAGCUACCAGAAAGCCGAACCAAGCUACUACAAACCUCAACCAAGCUACCAGAAAGCCGAACCAAGCUACUACAAACCACAACCAAGCUACCAGAAAGCCGAACCAUCAUAUUACAAACCACAGCCCAGCUACCAGAAAGCUGAACCAAGCUUCUACAAGCCAGCCUACAAACCAAGCUACUAA